AUGCCUGCGCGAGCCAUUUCCUGUGGCGCCUUGGAGCAGCCAGCGACAGAACCAGAGCCCGAAGGGCGCGGGGAUGACUGGCAGCUCGAGAAUGAAUGCAGCGCAGAGGAGGAGAUGAAGUUGCAGUGCGAGGUUAAGCAGCCCCACAUUCCCGAACCGGGUAAGCUUCAGGAUGCCUUGAGCGAGUCCCAGCUCGACAGGAUGAGUCUGGUUCAGGUGCUGUCUGAAGAAGAUGGAAGUGCAACUUCAAGGUUUACAGUGGCAGCCGUGCGAGAAGGUGCCUGUCGACUGAUGCGUUUUCAGUCUCCGUGGGAUCCGGUCUGCGACUCCUCGCAGGGCAGACAAACUGUGGAAGGAGACCUCCUCGUGAGUGACGAGAGUAUCCUCGCGGGGUCUCAGCCAUCUGGCGAUCUGGUAAGCGCCGGCUUGGACUCCUGGCAGGUCGUGGACACGGAGGGCUUGGUUGUAGCAGAGGACGAUGUGGUCGACGCAUUGCAGACGGGAAGGGGUUCAGUGGAGGCCAAAAUGGAGCGGAUGCUUACGUGGAUGUUGGCUCCGGCAGUCCAUGGUAUACCCAAGCUGGGUGUACUUCCUGCCGAAGAGCGAGCAGCCGAACUGCUGUGCCAGCAUGACCGUGAGGUGGAGGCCGCGGUGCGCGAGGUUGUCGCAGGCUCGGAGAGGUCCGUCUCCACCGUUGUGCUGAACUUCUGCCUUGAGAGGAUUCCAGUGCUGGGCUGUCCAACAGUUCUGCUUCGGACAACUUGGGGCAACCUUCGCAGCAUUCUCAUCGUGGCUGCCAUGUAUGGACAUGACCUUGAAUCAGCUCGCGUCCAGCACGAGGCCUUGCUCUGCUUGGUCCCCCCUGGAGAUGACAAGGAUUCGUGCGCGGCUGCUCUGAAGCAGCAGAACGCAUCGGACCUGAAUCCGGCCACACUGGUAUCUGCAACGGCUCAGCAGGUGGCACGCUUCAUGAUUCGCGGGGCAUUGAGACGCGCCACCGGCCUUCAAGCCGCCGUGGACUGUUUCGAGUUGGCAUCUCUUCUGUAUAGCAGCUGUGGAAAUGAUGCUUUGGACGAGGAUGGCUUUGUCCACGUCACAGCUACACCAGCAUCCGCUGCACGGGAUUUCUUUCGCAAGAAGUCAUUUGCCUCCUGUGCGAUUCUUUGGUGCUCCCUGCCUUUUCUCGUUCUCGGAAUGGCAGCACCAAACCUUUUCAUGAUUGCAAGGUUUGUGCCCACUUUGAUAAGCUGGUUGUCGGCUGCACUCGGAAGGUUGCCUCGGGCGUACGUGAGGUCUGCGCCGGCGGUGGUGCUUUUCCUGACGGGGCCUUGUGUGGCAAUCUACCUCCGUCCCAACGUGCAGUGGCGAAAGAGGGCCAGGACUUCAGGAAUCCUAAGCCUCUUUGGCUACAGCGACGUGGGACGCUGGGAGCGAGCGCGGGAGAAGUUCGAGGAGGCCUGGCCACAAACCGUCACCGCGCUGGUAUUCCUCUUGCAUGCUCUUCUUCCUGCCAUUUCCACCAUGUCUUCUUUGUCUGUGGUGCUCAGUGCCCUGAGCCCAGCAGCUGAGCUGCAUGGGUGGCAGGGCUGGGAUCUUCUGAACCGAGUUGCUUGUGCUUCGCUGGGACUCUACAGUCUUUUCUCGGUCGUCCUUCACCAGCUGCAGAGGGAGUAUCCCGAGGACGAGCUGUCGACAGCGAGCGUCACCGUGCGGGCGAUCGUGCGAGGAGUGCUCGUGAUCCGCGUGGCAUCCCGAGCCGUAUGCUUUCUUGCAGCCUGGUUGUAUGUGCUCCUCAUCAUGGAUUUCGGAGUGGACCAGCUUUGGUUCUGGCGGGAAGGGCUUCAGCAAGGCACACCACUGGGAAUCUUGGGUCCCAUGGCUUGGCUACUGGAUGCAGAGCGCUCGCAUCUUUUUGCCAACGAGAAGUCCGUCAUCUUCUGCAUGAACCUGAUAAGUGUGAUCUCCCAGCAGCGAUUGGUGGAAGUGCUCUCACGCCGUGAAGUGCUUUUGCGUUUAAUCGGUGCCGAGCGGGUUAUGGCAUCUACCAUUUGCCUCCUUUUGAAGGGUGUGGCCGUGGCAUGCACCCCAUCGAAGAGUGCAAACCCAAUUGCUGAAUUUCUGGUUCGUGUGGCUCCUCCACCAGCCUGUUGUGUUGCCAUCGUGGCCUUGCGAGACCAUGCGUUGCCACUGGGCAUUGCAGUCGUAGUAGCGCCGCGGGUCACGGCCAUGCUCGGCAGUUCCAGCUGCAUGUUGGUUGGCUUAUUUUGUGGCGCCUACGCUGCUCACGCUGUCCUGUCAGUGUGGUACUCCUACCGCGGCGACUUGGACUCUGCAGCCCUUCGUUUGGCAAUGCUAGUUCCAGGAGGUGUUUCGAGCCAGGCAAAGGGACUUCUUCGCGGGGUCCUGGCGGGAGCGCACCGCCGCGCCGUUCAGUUGAUGGCCAUGGGCAUCCUGCAGCGAGCUUUCCGCUGGCUGACACAGCGGUAA